UAUAUUUUGCAAUAAUAAUAAUAGUACAUAAUAUUCGAUCAUGGCUCAAAAAUUAGAAAUUGAAGAAAUUUUAGAUCAAGAUUUUCUCCAAUUUAUAUCAUUGGCCAAAACUUAUUACACUGAAAUUCUUGAUGAGAAAGAUAAAUUAUUAUGUAUGCAAUGGCUUACAAAAUUAUGCGGAGAAAAGGCAAAAGGAAUAUCAUCUAAACGUAAUCGAAAUAUAUAUUUAUCGCAACUUCUUAUGAAUAUGCAAGAAAAGAAAAUGGCUGGGCCAUUUUUAUCGCCUCCAGGUGACAAACCUUUGCCACCUGCAAGAAACAUUUUUAGUUCGCAAGAUUCAGAUAAAAUCUUUUCACCAAAAAUGGAAACUGAGCUUGAUGAAAUGCCUGACGAUUUUCAAGAAAAAUCAACAGAUGGUCAAACAUAUAUUGCAAUACGUUGUUUACCAAACGAUCAAGGAACAUUUGCAUACGUUGCAUUAAAUAUUAAUAAAGAAAAAUCAUGUACAUCCAGUAGCAUAUAUUACCCAAGUGCUAGUGAGACAUCUAAAUCAAAACCUUUGGACAAUAUAUCUAUAAGUAGUGGAAUAGAGGAACAUUUAUCAGAAGCUCAAAUGGAAGAUUUUUACAAACAUAAUAUAGAACCUAAAAUAUCUGGUGACAUUACUCAACUGUAUCAAUCAUUACAUAUGCCACAAAAAACAACAUGUUGCAAACAAAGAGAUGGAAUGAAGUUUUAUAAUAAAUUACUUAAGCUAAUUGAUAAGGAAAUAACAGGAGUCGAAAAUGAGCAUAAUGACAUAAUAAAGUUCUUAGUAAACAGAUUAGAACAAGAUCUAAAGAAAGAAUCCAAAAUGAAACAUAUGUUCAAAUUAGCUCCUGCACAAAAAAACUUGAAGCUCUUAGAAAUACUAAGACAAAAAGUCGUUGUUCGACUCCAAGAAGAAAAGCGACGACUUUUAAUAGCAGAGAUGGAAGAAAAUAUGUUAACAUCUUCAAUGGACUUUAAAUGUUGUGCAAAAACUGAAAAUGGAACAGAGUCUAUGUGGGAACUGGCAGUGACCAAACCAUUAACAGACAAAGAUAUUAACAGAUUAUGUGAUUUAUAUCCCGAAGAAAUUAUUUCUACCUUUUUAGAUUUACUUAUAGCUGACAGACAAAUAAUAUUAGAAAGAGGGAAAAAAAGACAAUUAAAAAUGAUAGAAAAAAUAAAAUUUGAAAUAGAUAAGGAAAUUCAAUCUGAUAAAGCAAUAUAUAAUAAAGCACGAGAAACAUAUAGAGAAUGGAAUGAAAUUUUGUCAACAGUUGAAGACAUGAUAUAUGAUACAAGAAAUAAAACUGAUAAAAAAAGUGAUAAAGUAUCAGAACCAAAAGAAGGAAUAUUAGACAAUAUGAUGGUUGAUAUAAAAGAAACUGAAAAGUUAGUUGUAGAGGAAGCUCGUCUUGGGGAGAUGUUAAUUGAGAAAAUUAUUGAAGCAAAUAUGUGGACAUUUUCGAUUCAGGAAGAUGAUAAAAAAGAUGAGUCAUGGGAAAUGAAGUCUGCAAUAGAAAAUAUGAAAAAACAAAAUAAAAUUUAUAAGUUGCUUAUUGACAAACAAAAAAUAAGAAUUAAGCAACUACGUGAAAAGUUAUUCUAUAACCAAAAGUAUUAAUUACUUUCUGAUUAUAUAUAUUAUAUCUUUUA